AUGCUUCGAACCAAUUGCUCGUUGAAGCUACAGCCGCGGCUGCUGUUCCGUAUGAACCGGAAGAGAUUGGCCUCGUCAUCUUCGUCGUCUUCAUCUUCUUCACCCCAGCCGAAAACGGAACCUGCCCGGGCUUCGUCUUUCUCAAUAGCUAUGGAAGCUGCCGAGCGACUGGUCCAGGUCAAACAAGGCUAUUCCGACCCAUUUUCCAUUGUGAGCUCGGAAAUGUCCACGUUGGCCAAGAACAUUGCCACAAUCAUAGGUUCCGGUCAUCCGACGUUGAACAGGGUGGCUGCGUACUACUUCGAGGCUGAAGGCAAGAACGUCCGGCCUCUCAUCGUUUUACUUCUUUCAAAAGCAUUGAGUGAGAUUCCAGCGGAACAGAGACAGCGCAUUCCGGUGGAUUCACAGGAUGUCAAUGAGCAACCAGAAUAUCCGGGUGAGUCAAGAAGGUUCUCUUUUGCUGGAAAGAGCCCUCUCGAAUCGAUCUCCCCUUUGCGCAUUCUCCACGGAAUCAACCCCAACAUCAUUCUGAACCCGCUCUCGAGGCCCCUAGGACUUUUACCUGAACUCGAUAAUGCGAACGGAGUGUUGCCCAAACAACGCAGACUUGCUGAGAUUGUGGAGAUGAUCCACACGGCCAGUUUGCUGCAUGAUGACGUUAUUGACUUCUCUGAUUCGAGACGUGGUCGUGACUCGGGCAACGUUGCCUUCACCAACAAGAUGGCGGUUUUAGCCGGUGAUUUCUUGCUUGCACGUGCAUCUGUCGCUCUGAGUCGUCUUCGCAAUACUGAGGUGGUGGAACUGAUCUCGACGGCCAUUGCUAAUCUCGUAGAAGGUGAGUUCAUGCAGUUGAAAAACACUGUUCUCCAACCCAAUCUCAAUCUGAUUGACGAUGAAAACCGUCUAAUGCCAGUGCCAACGGGAAAGGUUCCUGUGGAAGUGCAUGAAUACUCUGUCCAACCUCCAGCAACCACGCCAACCCACGAGCAGAACGUGGAUGCGGCUUUUGAUUACUACCUGCACAAGACGUAUCUCAAGACUGCAUCCUUGAUCUCCAAGUCGUCGCGGUCUGCCGCUGUUCUUUCGGGAGCUGAUGAUACUGUUAUCGACCAAUGCUACGAGUUUGGCCGUAACCUUGGAAUUUGUUUCCAGCUAGUGGAUGACAUGCUGGAUUAUACCACGACUGCAGAACAGCUGGGAAAGCCUGCCGGUGCAGACCUGGAGCUUGGACUGGCCACAGCUCCGAUCUUGUUUGCUUGGAAGACGAGGCCCGAAUUGGGACCUCUGAUUUCUCGUAAAUUCUCUCAGCCGGGAGACGUCCAGAUCGCCAAAGCGGCUGUUGAGGCAUGUGAUGGAGUCGCUCAGACGAGGGCUUUGGCCUCGAAGUAUCGCGACGAGGCGUUGAGGAACCUGAGAAUGUUGCCGGAGUCAGACGCAAGAUCUGCGUUGGAGUUUUUGACGAACUCGAUGUUGACGAGAAGAAAGUGA